CAAACUUCCCCGUCCUCGCCCCGCGGUUCCUGAGCGCCGCAGCCCACCGCGCAGGGAUAGGGCCAUGGCCUCACAGGAGACCUCGUGGCUGCUGCCGCUGGCGCUGCUGCUCGGCGCCGCCGUCGCCCUUGGGUCCAUCCAGUUCCGAAUGCAGCCGCCGAGGGUGGACGCGGAAAUCGGCCGGCGGCUGGACCUGCGCUGCGAGGUGAUGACGGCCAGCGGGGCCCAGAGCUGCUCGUGGCUCUACCAGCCGCCGGGCGUGGCUGCCAGGCCCACCUUCCUCAUGUACAUCUCCACCCACCGGACCAAGCUGGCCGAGAAACUGGACCCUCAACAGUUCACGGGCAAGAAAUCCAGAGACAGCUACACCCUCACCCUGAACAGCUUCCGCGAGGAGAACCAAGGAUACUACUUCUGCACCGUGGUGGUCAAUUCGGAGAUAUCCUUCAGUCCCUUGGUGCCCGUCUUCCUGCCAGCGGAGCCCUCCCCGACGCCCGCGCCGCGACUACCCACCCUGGUGCCCUCCACCACGCCUCUGUCCAGGUCCACGAGCCCCGAGACUUGCCGGCCCGCGACGGGUGGUGCAGCGGACACCAGGUGGCUGGACUUCGCCUGUGACAUCUACAUCUGGGCGCCCUUGGCUGGGACCUGCGCGGUCCUUCUGUUGUCACUGGUCAUCACCGUCAUCUGUCACCACCGGAAACGAAGGCGUGUUUGCAAAUGCCCCAGACCCGUCAUCAGAGCGGGAGGCAAGCCGGGCCUUUCAGAGAGAUCCGUCUGACAUGGCACUGGGCCACACAACAGCCACUACAGACUCCAACCUGAGACUGCGCCCGCUAGACCACACGGCCUCCUCUUCUGGGCCCCUGGUCUUCCUUCCUGUGUGUGUUCUCAUUUCAGUAGUGGGCAGGGUGGGAAGGGUCCUGGGUCCUGUAUGUAUUCACUUGGCUUCACACAAAGCUUUGUCUCCGGAACGUCAUAAGAGCCAGUUGUGUUAUGUUCCUGUGGGGGGCCAAGAGCCCAGGGCAGCAGAGCUGGGCCACUGGUACUCACCGUCUCAGCUUCUCCUCACCACUUCUCAGAGGCUGAGCCCAGCUGGGAGCAACCCGGUCAGAGUGGCACAGGGGCCAAGGCUGGGGCCUGAGCUGGAGGGAGCCCUACUGCCACAAGGGCUGUCCCCCACACCAUGUGGUGCCUUGCAGGGUGCCUGUCCCAGACCUCAGGGAUCGAGCAUUUCUCAGGCCCUGUGAGGUGCAUGCGGCUAGGCCCUGAGCCUCAGGGAGGCCAGAGCAUCUGCCUGUAGCAGCUCCCAAGGCAGCUGGACUCCACUUUGCACCGCUGUGUAGACAGCACAGGUGCCCACAGCAAAGCUGAAGGACAAGCAGUCCUGGAAAUGGAUCCGUCUCAGAAGAAAAUUCCAAUGUGGAAGCAAAAUGGCAGUCCCAGCCUUUCCUCAGCCGAGGGUGAGGCUUGGAGUUGAGCAGAAUCUCUAGUUUGAGGUACCACAGAACAUGCUCCUGGAAUCCCUGAUGACUUCUCAUACUUUGAAAGGUCCCUGGAGAGCUCCAGCAUAUUCCCUGGCCUCCCCAAAGCCAGCAGAGGGGAGGAUGAGUCAGAAGGCGGUGAGGAGGCUCAGAGCCCAAUUGCUGCCCUCAAGUUGCAUAUCAAGCUCAACCCUACAGGUGGGAGACUGACCCGGUCUAUCCACUGCUCA